AUGAGUAGUAAACAUCAUAAUCCUAAUAAAAGUUCAUCUCAUCCUCGUCAAUCGGAUGAUGAUCGACAUCGUGCAAGUAGCACUUCUCAAAGUUCAUCACGUACUGUGAUCUACGAAGAACCAUCGUCGACAUCAAAUAAAACUUUAAAAUCUUCAGUUCGUCAAGUUUUCCCACCGGUAUCGUUUUAUGAUACAUCAACAUCAAAUAAAUCUUCUCAUUCAAAGCCCACAACUAUCGGAACUGGUAAACAAUCAAAAUCUUUCGAUAGUGAUUUAUAUCAUUCAGAAAUUGUUGAUGAAGAUGAUGAUUAUGAAAAAGAAGACGGUGAAAUGGAUUAUUUACCUAACAAUAAUCAUCAACAACAGCAGGAUCCAAAAGGAUCUCAUAAGCACAAUUCAAGUGAAGAACGUUCAAAACGUCCUCAUCAUUCAUCCAGUGGAUCAUCAAUAUCUGAUGAUAAUUCUGACGAUGAGGAUUCUUCAAAAUAUAAAAAAACAGAACAUCGACGAAGAAAAAGAAGAAAUUCGUCAAAAGAACAACGAUCACCUUCUGAAGAAGGAGAAGAAGCGGAAUCAAUAUCUGACGCAAGUGAUGAUCAUCAUUCAAAAGAAGAACAUCAAUCAGCUACAACACCAGAUGAAGAUAAAGAUAAAAAAGAACAACGAGUUAAUUCUUCUACAGAUGAUCAUUCUCCAGACGAUGAAGAAGGUAAUGAAGAACCAGCACCACCUGCACCACAUCGAAGUCGUUUUGAUUAUGAUGAUGAUGAUGAUGAUGAUGAUGGUGAUGAUGAUGAUAAUAAUAAUAAUAAUAAUAAUAAUAAUCAAGAUGACGAUCAAGAAGGAGAACAAGAUGAUGAAAAUGAAAGUGAUCGCCGUCAUCAUCAUCGUCGUCACCAUCGCCAUCAUCGUCACCAUCAUCAAAAACGAUCAAGACGUCAUUCAUCAUCAACGCCAGCUUCGUCUUCGUCAAAAUCUGCUAUGACACCACCCAUUUCGAAUAAUAAUAAUAAUAAUAAUAAUAAUAAUAAUAAUAAUAAUAAUAAUAAUCAAUUUGAAAAAGAGUUAAUCGAAGAGAAACCUAAACUACCUAAUUAUUAUCCAGCUAUACAAGGUUGUCGUAGUGUUUAUGAAUAUGAACAUUUAAAUAGAAUUGAAGAAGGAGCUUAUGGUGUUGUUUUUCGCGCUAAAGAUAAAAAAUCAGGAGAUAUUGUUGCUUUAAAACGAUUAAAAAUGGAAAAAGAAAAAGAAGGUUUUCCAAUAACAUCGUUACGAGAAAUUUGUUGUAUUCUCAAAUCUCAACAUGAAAAUGUUUGUACUGUUAGAGAGAUAGUUGUUGGCGAUGAUAUAAAUCGAAUAUAUAUUGUAAUGGACUAUGUUGAACAUGAUUUAAAAAGUUUAAUGACACAUACAAUGAAAAAACCAUUUACAAUUGGUGAAGUUAAAACACUAAUGUAUCAAUUAUUAGCAGGUGUUAACCAUUUCCAUGAUAAUUGGAUUAUACAUAGAGAUUUAAAAACAUCAAAUCUUUUACUUAGUAAUAAAGGAAUUCUGAAAAUUGGAGAUUUUGGUCUUGCACGUGAAUAUGGAUCCCCAUUAAAGCCCUAUACGCCUAUUGUAGUUACUCUGUGGUAUCGAGCACCUGAAUUAUUACUUGGAGAUAAACAAUAUUCUACGCCAAUUGAUAUGUGGAGUGUUGGAGCCAUAUUUGGUGAAUUAUUAUUGAUGAAACCAUUAUUUCCUGGUAAAUCUGAAUUAGAUCAAUUAAAUCGCAUAUUCAAAGAUUUGGGUACGCCUAAUGAAAAAAUAUGGCCAGAAUAUAAUUCACUUCCAUUUGCAAAAAAGAUGACCUUUUCUCGUUAUCCAUAUAAUCGACUACGACAGAGAUUUGAUGAUUCUUUGUCGGUAAAAGGUUUCGAUCUUCUCAAUAAAUUUUUAACUUACGAUCCAAGCAAACGAAUAUCAGCAUUGAAUGCAUUAGAACAUGAAUACUUUGAAGAAAGUCCUCGUCGUAUAGAUCCAUCAAUGUUUCCGACGUGGCCAUCAAGAAACGAAGAAAAAGAUAAAGUAAUUAGAGGAGGUAUUCAACGCGCAUCUGGAUCAAAUACAGCUACGGUGCAAGAGGAGCCUAGACCACCAUCAGCUGGGAAAAUGUAUGAGAAAUUAUUAGGUGGCGGCGAUGAUGAUUCUUAUUCAAUGGAACAAUUAUUACCUCCCGCUUCUGGAUUUCAACUUCGGGGUUAA